GCGCCGCAGGCCACUCCUUCGGCUAACCCCUGGUGGUCACGUGGAGCUGUCCGCCACGCAAGUCUGGGUCCUUCUGCAGUCUGGGUCCUCGCCGCCUCUGUGCCUUUCCUACGUUUUUGCCUGUUCGCGCGAGAGUUUGCCUGGGCGAGCCUGGGGUCGCUCCGUGGCGGGGGGCUCACCUGGAGGCGCACUUGAGCCCUGCCAAGGCGCUCGGGUAGGGUGCAGCGACUCGGGUCAGGCGGCGGCAGGGACACCCCUCCGUGUCUUCGAAAGCACCGACGCGCUCUGGAGGAACGCGGACAGCCCCGCUCCCCCCUCAGCCAGGUGCGAGGCUUACGAGCCACCGAAGCCAAAGUGAGAGUCCGGCGGUUUUGCAGCGCCUGGGCCACGGCGGCGGCCCCGGGAGCAGAGGUGGAGCGGCCCCACUGCGUUAAAGAUGAAAGGCUGGGGUUGGCUGGCCCUGCUUCUUGGGACCCUGCUAGGAGCUGCCUGGGCUCGGAGAAGUCAGGACCUACACUGUGGCGCCUGCAGGGCUCUGGUGGAUGAACUGGAGUGGGAGAUUGCCCAGGUAGAUCCCAAGAAGACCAUUCAGAUGGGAUCUUUCAGGAUCAAUCCAGAUGGCAGCCAGUCCGUGGUGGAGGUGCCUUACGCCCGCUCAGAAGCCCACCUCACGGAACUGCUGGAGGAGGUGUGCGACCGGAUGAAGGAAUACGGGGAACAGAUCGACCCGUCCACCCACCGCAAGAACUACGUCCGCGUAGUGGGCCGCAACGGGGAGUCCAGUGAGCUGGACCUACAGGGCAUCCGCAUCGAUUCCGACAUCAGUGGCACCCUCAAGUUUGCGUGUGAGAGCAUCGUGGAAGAAUAUGAAGAUGAGCUCAUUGAGUUCUUCUCCCGGGAGGCUGACAAUGUCAAAGACAAACUUUGCAGUAAGCGAACAGAUCUCUGUGACCAUGCCCUGCACACAUCUCAUGAUGAACUCUGAGAACCGUCGGAGGAGUGCAGGCGGACGGAUCACCCCCAGGAGGGGAAGAUGGCGGCAUUGCCUUUUCUAUUAGGUUUUUAUGGAAAUGAACUGAAGAAAAAAAAAAUGAAACCCAAAGUGCACAUUGUGUUGUCUU